GCGGAAGGUUCUACGAGUACGCCAGCCGCGGAUAUAAAAGUCGUGCGCCGCGUAGCUGCUCCAUUAUAACUCCGCUCUAGCUGCUGUGCGAAUCUCCGAAGUGCAGAAUCUCCGAGAGGUUGCGAAGACACAUCGAAGCUAUCUGCUCUAAAAGCAUCAGCUGUGCAGCUGUACACCUGCUGUUAAGCUACAAACAAAGAGAGACUCUCAGCUCGUCCAAGAUGUACGAUAUUACCGUUUUCGUAAUUGUGACAGUAUGCGCGGGGACGGUAGUUGCGGCUGGCUCUAGGCCCCUGACUUGCUUCUGGUGCGGACCUCUGGCAAAUCAGGUGCAUAAGAGCACUAAACCACCGCCGUGCGAAGCAGCUGCGAACCACCACAUGAUAUGUGAACAACAAUACACGCAUUGCGCUACGGUAUAUACGUCUCCACCACAUAUAGAAUCAAGACUUUGCACCAAAAUAUAUAGCGAGGAAUGCUACACAGAGUUUUGUAACAUAACCAGAACCUGGAAAAUUUCAUGUCCAUGCGAAGGUAAUAUGUGCAACGUGCGUGAUCUUCAGCGAGAAAGGGUAAUAUUCGACAUAUUGAACAACCUUGUCGACAAAACCUUUAAGAACUAUCGCUUCAAACGAUCAAAUAUUGAAAAAGCUAAGUCAAUGAAAAAACAUCUAGGUCAGAUCAUUGCAGAUGAAGAAAACGAAACGUUACGGGCAACAUAUAUCCCAUUUGAUAUUCCAAAGCAUGAUUUGGCAAGCCCACCCGUACCCAGCUUCAUGACGUCAACGACGGAGAGCCUGAGUCCAAAUACUGCGACUAAUAAUACUUGCCGGGCUAAGUCAGCACACAAACUACAACAACAAAAAGAAAGCGAAGAAAAAGUCGACGUAUCAAUUAAACUAUGGAAAAAAGUUGAUGUUAAUGAGAAUGUAUUCCACAAAUUAAAUAAUAACACAGCUCAAGUGUUGGAAAUAUUUAUGAGAUCUCUUGAACAACACACAAAUAACGCUCUCAGAGUAUACACCAGCAUCUCACAUGUUCUGUUGUGUGCUUUCAUAUCUGUCUAUAAUUUAAGCAUAAUAUAAAUUAUACUACUUUUAUUAAAAUAUGUUUAUUAAACGUAGUUAACAAUAUUAUGUUUCUUUAUGUAAUAAUGAGGUUAUUGUAAUGUUAGUGUAUUAUGAUACAUUAUUUACAUACGUAAGUAUAGUUAGUAGAACAGUUCAUUUUUGUUCAAUAUUAUGCACUUGCGUUAUCGUAAUUACCUUUUUUAUAUAACAGUGAGUAAAAUUAUGAUAA